AUGGCCACUGGAAUGGUUCUCAGUGUUGCUAAUACUCUGUUUGCAGCACUACAAAACAAGGAACUAAGAGAGCUAUGCUCCAGUUUUGGGUAUGAAUCCCAACUUGACAAGCUUCAGUGCACCGUCACCUCCAUCAAGGCCAUCUUCCUUGAUGCGGAAUCUAGGCAUCAGGAGCUCACCCAUGAAGAAGGCCUAAAUUGGGUUGAUAAGCUCAAGGAUGCUGUCUAUGAUGCUGACGAUUUGUUCGAUGAGUUCACCACCAUUGCUCAGCAACUCAAAAGAUUGCCCGGUGGUAAAAUCUGCAAAAAGGUACGCCGUCUCUUCUCCCCUGAGAACCAACUAGUCUCUGCAUUUAAGAUAUCUCAAGAGAUUAAGAAGCUUAGGGAGAUAUUAGAUUGUAAUCAAUCUUGGUGUAGUUAUCUGUAUGAACCUAUCAACAGAAAAGAGGAAAAAUACCCUUGUGUGUUUGAAAUGAGUAUUAUUGGGAGAGAGCCAGACAAGGAGGCUAUUGUAGGUAUGUUGUUGUCGGACUCCAAUUUUUCUGCUGAUAUUAAUCAGGAAAAUGUUUCUUUUGUGACUAUUGUGGGAAUUGGAGGGUUGGGGAAAACUGCUCUUGCCAAACUUGUCUUUAAUGAUAAUAGGAUUAAAGGGGCAUUUGGAGACUGGAUGAAGUGGGUUUGUGUGUCAGACGGAUUUGGCAUUAAAGAAAUCCUUGGUAAGCUGUUGGUAAAGAAUGAUAAUUUAGAAGUGAUGCAGAAAAAAGUACGAAAUCAGAUAGAAGGGAGAAGGUACUUGCUUGUUCUAGAUGAUGUAUGUAGUCAUGACCGGCAAAAAUGGGCAGAGUUGAGGGAGCUCUUGAGUUUAGGUGAUAAGGGGAGUAGGGUAUUGAUAACUAGCCGCUCUAUGGAGGUUGCAAAUGUUGUUGGUGACCAUCCUAUUUAUGAGCUACAAGGUCUAUCAGAAGAGAAAUCUUGGGAUUUGUUCAGGAGAAUGGCAUUCAAACAAGGGAAAGAGCAAGAAGACAAUGAUCUUGCUGUUAUAGGCAAAGAAAUUACAAAGAAAUGUGCUAAUGUUCCUCUUUCCAUACGGGUGAUAGGUAGUUUGUUGUAUGGCCAAGAUAAGAAGAAUUGGCUAUUUGUAAAAGGUAUUGAUUUGGCAAAAAUGAGACAUUCCAGACGAUGCGAUGAGAAUAGGGUAAUGUCAACAUUGAUGUUUAGCUAUCAUCAACUUACUAAUGAGUUAAAGAGUUGUUUUGGCUUUUGCUCACUUUUCCCCAAGGAUUAUGCCAUAGAAAAAGAUGUGCUAAUUAAUCUGUGGUUAGCACAAGGUUAUCUUUUUCCAAGUCAUGAAGGUCAAAGCUUGGAAGAUAUAGGUGAAGAAUAUGUUUCAAUUCUUUUGCAUAGAUGUUUUUUUUAUGACAAUGAACAAGAUGAAUGCGGUGAAGUUCUAUCAUUUAAAAUGCAUGAUCUCUUACAUGACCUUGCUUUAGAGGUUGCAGGAGCGGAGUCUUUGAUGUUGACAUCUAGUACUAUCCAUUUUGGAAAGACUAUUCGUCAUCUAUUUACUACAAGUAAUGCAUAUCUCAAUAACUGGGUUAGUCCAAGUUAUUGCUCGAAUGUUACAGUGCGUACCUUAUUCCAAUUGUACAGUCCUCUGAAAACAUCUGGGAAUGUGGCUGCAAUAAUCUUAAAUUGUAGACGAUUAAGGGUAUUGGAUUUGCAUGAUUUAGCCAUUGAAACCUUACCAAAACUAGGUAAGCUCUUACAUUUAAGGUAUCUUGAUGUUUCUGGCAACAAAAACAUGGAGAUGCUUCCUACUUCAAUUACCAAGCUUCGUAAUUUACAGAUAUUGAAAUUAUGUAACUGUAGGAAGUUAAAACAGUUACCAGAGGACGUGAGCAAACUAGUAAAUCUUAGGAUGCUGGAUUUAGACGGAUGUUACAGAUUGACUCAUAUGCCAGCAGGGAUGGAUAACUUGAAAUGCCUUCACACGCUGACAAAGUUUGUUGUGCGCGGUGAUGAUUCUAACCUUGUUAAAAAGGGUGAGAUCAUAGACUUGAAAGAUCUAGUUAACCUAAAAGGUGAUCUCUGCAUUGAAGUGCGAGAAUUUUCUGGCAAAAACGUGCCAAUUGUUACAGAAGGAGCUUAUAUAUUGAAGAAUGCACAUCUUAAGGCAUUACAAAUAACAUGUCCAAAGUGA